ACACAUGGUGGCGCUAUAGCGAUUUCUUAAAGCUCUCACAAAGAAGGACGCGCAUGUAGGAACCGCGAGUCUGUAUUUUCCGGUGGAGUUUUCAAAGCGAGAAUAGUGUGAGUUAAUUCAUUCACAGUAAUCCUCCAGUCAUGGAUAUACGACCGAAUCAUACGAUUUACAUAAACAAUGUAAAUGACAAGAUAAAGAAGGAAGAGCUGAAGAGGGCGCUCUACCUGCUCUUCUCCCAGUUUGGCCAGAUACUGGAUAUUGUGGCGAUGAAGACGAUGAAGAUGAGGGGCCAGUCUUUUGUGGUGUUCAAAGAGCUUGCCUCCGCCACCAAUGCCCUCAGGCAACUCCAAGGCUUCCCCUUCUACAACAAACCCAUGCGUAUUCAGUAUGCCAAAACCGACUCGGAGGUCAUCUCCAAGAUGCGUGGCACGUACGGUGAUAAGGACAAGAAGAAGGAGAAGAAGAAGAAGGCUCUGGAACAGGCACUCAACGCCAACAGGAAGCCUGCAGGGGGUGCCCCAUCACAGCCUCCGCCCCCGGCAACACAGGUUCCUGAUAACCCACCGAAUUACAUCCUGUUCCUGACGAACCUGCCGGAGGAAACCAAUGAGAUGAUGUUAUCCAUGCUGUUUAAUCAGUUUCCCGGUUUCAAAGAGGUUCGCCUCGUCCCAGGGAAGCACGACAUCUCCUUCGUGGAGUUCGAGAACGAGGGACAGGCCGGUGUCGCUAAGGACGCGCUUCAGGGAUUCCGCAUCACCGCCACGUGUGCCAUGAAGAUCACCUACGCCAAGAAAUGACCUUUCAUCCCGCGACGCGAAGGCAGGAAUAUGGACACACUUUACGAGAAACAUGACGGCUGACUACGAUUGUCGGCUUGGCUUUAUUUUUGUCGUCUGUGCUCUUUUUUGAAGUCUUUUUCUUGUUUGUUUUUUUAUUAGUGAAAUGACGGCUGUAGAGUAUUCUCAGUUUGUUUCCAACAGGUGUUGAGGCUUUAUGGGAAAAUAAUGACAGAAGUGGCAGCCAUCUUGUUUAUUUUGUACAAUACAAUAAAGGACUUUUCUAGGAUGGUGA